UAGCACACAAUGAUAAUAAGGCUAACCCAACUUGAAAAUACUUCAUUUUAGAUGAUCGGCACAACUAGAAGUGGAAGAGAAAUGAGUUAUUUUCACUCAUUUAUUAUCCAUAAUACUAAAAGUGAAUAGUUAACCUUAAUGUAGACAUCAGGCGACAGUCCACGCGCGUCUAGAGAGUCGCGCUUAACUGACGAAAAACAGUUCUAAAACCAUUCUUAUUCGGUUCCACAUACAAAAAGUUAGGGAGAAAACCAAAAUCUUAGAUGUUUUAGAUGUUGGGCUCUGGAGAACAAGGCCUCUUUCUGAAAGAGUCUUCUCGUUUUUUCAAAAACACUCCAUCUUCCACGCUUUUAUAAGAACGUAUUAAUGGGUCCCUUGAAUGUUAUAAGUAACAUAUCAUUUAAAAGAGCACGAUAAAUAAAAUGUGAUAGUCAGUGUUCUAUAAAUUUUUAAAUUAUAUCAAAAACCAAUAGUGUCUUUUCUAUUGUACAAAAAAACGUUUUGUUACUUUAAGUAUAACAGACCAAAGGUGCUAUCACCCCGUUGACUAAAUACAAAAGAUGUAUUGUAAAAGUCAAAGGAUAACGAAUAACAUUUACGUUGAUUAUUCAACACUACUUACUCGAAAAAUUUGAUCGUUUUAUUUUGUCAAAAUUACAUAAAAACCAUUCUUUUUAUAGUGCAAAAAUGAUGACUAUGCAUUAUCUAUUGAAAAUAGGAUGAUUAAACAUAUUUUUGUAGACCUUGUCUUUCAAAGUAAAUAUGUACACGAGAACAAUAAAGAAUCCAUAAUAGAGACGCCCAUAUAAUUGAUUCGCCACUCAUCUGUUGUUGUGUUUAUUAAUAAAGCAUCAGUCUUUUCUAAUGUCAGCGUUAUAUGUCUGUUACAUGACGGACCUGAAAGAUUCAAGAAUUCACAAUUAUAGUAUUUGACAAAAGUAUUUUUUUGUAAAGCAUACAUUUUCGCUCAUUAUAGAUAUUUUCUAGGACCGUUCGUUGUGAUGAAAAUGAAAAUUAAUUACACUAGAUCUCGUUUCAAAACCACGUGUUCAUAUACUUGAUUUGUCUCAUCUGACCAUGGUCAAGAAGGAAAAAAAUCGAAGUGUGAAAAUACUCGCACACAAGAGUGUAAAACAAAACAAUGAUUCAAGAAAUUCUAAGAUCUUGGUGCAAGAAGUCAAGAAAUUACAAGAUGUUCAAGAUCUUGACUUGUUGAAAUGCCUUGAAUUCUUACAUUUUCUUACCAAGAUCUUGAAUCAAGAUCUUACUGAAAAAAUUCAAGAAGUCAAGAUCUGGUUACGAGAAGUUUCACUAGAGAAAACUUUCUAAAUUAGAAGACCUUUUUGCUCAAAACUCAUGAAAAGAUAUCAGCUUUUUCAUUUUUUUAAAUGAAUCUCAGCCUUCUCAUUUCUCUACUUGUGUUUAUUCUCUAUGUUUUCAAUUGAUUUAGUUGAAGAUUCAUUUCGCAAAACGUCGACUACUGAAGAUACUAUCACGUUAUUUCUCAAAAUAUAACUUUUUUUAAUUACUUAGGUAUGAGAAUAGAGAGACACAUCUCUUAAGUUUAAUUAAGGAGAGGGCCUAUUAAAUUUUGCAUCUAAUAAGGAGAGAAAUGAAAUAUCAGAGUAUUUUCUACGAACAUGUUCUCUCUCAUUUCGAAUGAUAAAUCCUAAAACCUUUUUUUCUCAUUCUAUUAAUUAGACACUCAGCUACACGCUAGUGAGCAGCUUUUUUGCAAACAGUUCAAGAAUAACAUCAGCAUAGUGAAGUUAUUCACAAAUCGAUGGAUUUUACUAGUUCACACAUAUUCGAACUCGCUUUACAAAACUGCCUCGGUCAUCUUCGAGUUCCAUUAUAUGAGAAUUUGCCACUGCGGGGUCUCGGUUCAUCCUCGCGUUCCCGUCUUGAAGCAGGUUCUUAAAAAACUAUGGUCAGAUAGUGAGGAUCGUUCCUCGUACGCCGAUUCGCCUCGGAGUCCGAACUUCAUGCGUCGUCUGCAAAUUGUCCAGGAGAGGGAUUCACGACGGCUGCAUUUCAAACAAGUUUUUCAUGUGAUGAGCAUAUUGUAAACGCGCUGAAUUUCCAUGCGGAAACGGUGAAUGUCGGUCAUUUGAAACAAAUCGUUUAAAAAGCUUAUUGUUUUUGGCGUAUUCAGAUUAUUGUCAAAAUUCAUUAACUCCGCACUACAAUCAACAUUGUUGGAAUUAUUCAAAAACAUAUAAUAAUCGUUCAUAUGCUAUUGCUCAUGUAUGUAAUGCUCAAUGCAUGUCAAUGUAUCGUGUUCGAGAUGGCAUCUAUGAUUGUAUUGAAGAACAUGUAUCGGAUGAAGAUCGUGGUAUUAAUGGAUCCUGUCUUUCUGUUAAACGUCAUCGUUUUCAUUGA